AUGGCUGUAAAGCGAAAGGCAGUUUCAAGCGCUUAUGACGGUACAGCAAACUCAAAGAGACAAAGAAGGCAACAACAUGAGUUUUUCGAAUCACAGGAUAUUUGGAAGAACUUGAACAAAAUUAGUACCAACCUGACAAACUCUAGUAGAGAGAAAAAGAAUAGCCAACUGUUCAUUCCCGUAUAUACAGCAACAGGUGUUGAGAACGCUAAAGUUUGUGUUGAGGCGCUUCAAGAGUUCAUCGAAACCAGCAAAAUCGAGGUAUAUUUCGGACUAGGUGGUAAUAGAUCGAUAGGUUUCGUGAGAUUAAGAAAUUUUAACAUAUUAGACUGCUGUCUGGUACUAUCAGUGAUUCUGGCUGCAAGAAAUAAAAAUCAUAUAAUCAGUGACACAAAAAACAUGUUUACCAUUCCGCAGAGUACUGCUUUAGCAGCUUCAUUUUAUUUACCUAGUAAUUUCACCUAUCUUGAUGCCAAAUGGGUUCCUCCGUCUGGACUGAGGAUUUCUGAAGUGGUAUGCACAGAUACCUACAAUUUUAAAGAGUUUCAUGUCAGUUUGUCGAAAAAUAGAAGCUUAUCCAUUUUUAUUGAGGGUAUUGCUUCGUUCUUAACUAAUUUAAAGUUUGGAAAAUGUAAAGGAGCGAAAGAUCAAGACUUUAGAUCAUACUUGUCAAAAAUUUUCAAUUCCAUAAAGUCAAGCAUUUAUCAGACGUGUCUGCCCAAGGAUGUAAUGUUUGACUCUGCGGAUUUAGUGGCUGUAAAUAGACCAAAGAUUGAAAAAUCGAAAGAAAACCUAUUAAAAUAUGCAAAGGAUAUUAUCAAUAGUAACAAAUAUGAUGGUAUGAUUAAACCAGCUUCCGAACCAGUCAAUGAUCGAAAUAUCCAUGUGAGCCAGAGCUCGCGGCAUGACUCGAAUGCAAAUGGUGCUCCGAGCAAUCGUUAUCGCGCCGCUUCACGUAGCACAGGUACUAACUUGCAUAUCCCACAAGAUGGGCAUCCAGCUGAGUCUGCUAAUACAAUCGUGCCAUCAAAUUACAUGACCCAGGAACAGAUUAAACAACAUUGUCAAGCUACAGUGAGUGCUUCAAUGGAUGCGCUCAAGAGUAAAUCACCAUAUCAAAUAUUUACAAUGUACGUGAAGUGCCCUCGACAGAAGUACACUGAUAUAGUAUACCAAAGUUUGAAUGACCUGCGAACGCAAUCAAAUUGUAAUAUUGUUGUUCUGAAUUUAAAUAAUCUGAAUGAAUCAAAAUCCUGGUUUGAUACCCUAGACACAAGCAAGUAUACGGCAUUUACAAAAGCACCGCAUCCCAGCACUGUACGGGUGAUAAGUAUUGGCGGGGUGGGUGAGCAUAUGAUGAAAGCACUCGAGCUUAUUUCAAGAAUUAUGGAAGCCUAA